AUGAAGUUAUAACUUCGCAUGGUGCCAUUGAACCAGAUAAGGACAAUGUCCGCCUAGAGCCAUAUUCUUUGCCACAAGGUUUUAUGUGGGACACAUUGGAUCUUAGCAAUGCUGAAGUUCUGAAGGAGUUAUACACACUGUUAAAUGAGAAUUACGUAGAAGAUGAUGAUAAUAUGUUUAGGUUUGAUUAUUCACCUGAAUUUCUUUUGUGGGCACUACGUCCUCCGGGCUGGUUACCCCAGUGGCACUGUGGGGUUAGAGUGUCUUCAAACAAAAAACUGGUAGGAUUCAUAAGUGCAAUCCCUGCAAAUAUUCGUAUUUAUGACAGUGUGAAGAAAAUGGUAGAAAUCAAUUUUCUGUGUGUCCAUAAGAAACUGAGAUCUAAACGGGUAGCGCCUGUGCUGAUUCGGGAAAUAACCAGAAGAGUAAACCUGGAAGGAAUUUUUCAGGCUGUUUACACUGCUGGUGUGGUACUUCCCAAACCUGUGGCCACUUGCAGGUAUUGGCAUCGAUCACUGAAUCCCAGAAAAUUGGUGGAGGUGAAAUUUUCACAUUUGAGUAGAAACAUGACUCUACAAAGAACAAUGAAGCUCUACAGACUUCCUGAUGCCACAAAGACUUCAGGGUUGAGACCAAUGGAACAAAAAGAUACUAAAGCAGUACAAGAAUUAAUCAACACUUACUUGAAACAGUUUAAUCUUGCUCCUGUGAUGGAUGAAGAAGAGGUAGCCCACUGGUUCCUGCCUCGGGAUCAUAUUAUUGACACUUAUGUAGUAGAGGGCUCAAAUGGUAUUUUAACAGACUUCCUGAGUUUCUACACAUUACCUUCAACAGUGAUGCACCAUCCUGUUCAUAAAAGCCUCAAAGCUGCCUAUUCCUUUUACAAUAUUCAUACAGAGACCCCCCUCUUGGACUUAAUGAAUGAUGCACUCAUUAUAGCUAAAUUGAAAGGAUUUGAUGUGUUCAAUGCACUAGACUUAAUGGAAAACAAAACAUUCCUGGAAAAACUCAAGUUUGGAAUUGGAGAUGGAAAUUUGCAGUAUUAUUUAUACAACUGGAGGUGUCCUGGCAUGGAAUCUGAAAAGGUUGGUCUUGUAUUACAAUGAGGACAUCUUAUGUUUCUAGAACUCUGCGGUCAUUAUUUGAGUUAAUUUGAUCUCCAUAACUCUUGGAACGGUGUUGUUCAAGAGCAGUAAAAGCACAACAUCAGUGAUACUGAAAUUGUCCAUUAAACCUGAACAUCGAAGACAUCCAUAUGUGACCAAAUUUACACAUUUUGGGGUAGAUCAGAAGGUCCAUGAAACUCUUUUAUCGUCCAUGAAAAGAAUAAAAGCACAUUCAUUUAAGUUUCAAAGCUUAGCUUGCACCUUGAUGAGAAGAAGGUAUUUUUUUUUCCACUCUGUAGAAAAGACUGUUUUGUACAAACUGAACUUCAGUGGUGGAUUAGGGUACAAAAAUAUUUGCUAUUAUGUGGAUGAACUGCUGCAUUUCUAUUUAUUAAGUGGUGGUGUAUGUUUGUCAGUGUAACAGAAUGAAGGAUACAAACUUGAGUAUCUUUGCUUAUUUACUUCACGUGGAUAUCACCAUUUGGGGGAAAAAUCUGAAGUACGAUAUGUUUGUAGCUCUAUGAAAGUCCUGGAUGUUUUUUGUAACUGGAGCAGUAUGACAAUGUGCUGGUUAACUAGUGCAUUUGUUUCUCCCUAAGCAACGCUGCCAAAUCAAUAAAAAUACAGAUUUGUACUUUGAUCUUCAAUAGAUCAGUGGAUUGAUUUAACAGUAUCGCACUGUUCAGUGCAGGUGUUAUCUAUGUUGAUGGAAUGAUAAUACAUUACUGUACUUAAUUUACAGUUGUGGCACAAAACCUUAGUUUUUCCUCAGUAGAAUAACAUCAGCCUGUGUGUAAAACUAAGAAUUUUAGUAGUGCUAUCAAGAUAUUUAUAGU